GGUUGCCCACCUACGUGCGCCCGCCGCGUCACCCCCACCGCCCGCGCUCCCCGCAGCGCCCCCUGGAGGCUCCAGCUUGUCACAGCGGCAGGUCCCGCGGACUGAAGGGCAGCCGAGCCCACAAGGAGAACCGGGUCACAGGCCGUGCUGUCCCCUGUGAACCAACGCGCGGCGGGGAGAGCGCGGACCCCGGCCCACCCCGCCCCGCAAUUCCUGCGAGAAAGCAAGAGCUGGACAGGCCAUUAUGGAAGAGGAGCUGCAGCACUCCCACUGUGUGAACUGUGUCAGUAGAAGAUGCAUGGUCAGACCAGAGCCUGGGAUUUCCUGUGACUUGAUUGGUUGUCCAUUGGUCUGUGGAGCAGUUUUCCAUUCUUGUAAAGCUGAUGAGCAUCGACUUUUAUGUCCCUUUGAGCGAGUGCCUUGCUUAAAUAGUGACUUUGGAUGUCCAUUUACCAUGGCACGAAAUAAAGUUUCUGAACAUCUAGAAAUGUGUCCUGCAAGUGUGGUGUGCUGUACUAUGGAAUGGAAUCGAUGGCCAGUUAGUUAUGCAGACCGUAAGUCAUAUGAAAAUCUAAGCAGAGAUGUUGAUGAAGUGGCACAAUUAGAUAUGGCCUUGGCCCUUCAAGACCAAAGAAUGCUUUUAGAAUCUCUUAAAGUAGCCACCAUGAUGUCAAAAGCAACUGACAAGGUAUCUGAAUCUAGAGAACAAAUAUCAGUGAAAUCAAGUGUUCAAGAAAUACCAUGUACUAAUGGACUGGUAUCUGUUGAUGAAGAAUCUUAUGGUGCACUUUAUCAAGCUACUAUAGAAACAACCAGAAGUUUGGCUGCUGCUUUGGAUAUCCUGAAUACUGCCACAAGAGACAUUGGCAUGUUAAAUACGAAUCCUCAUGCUACCACAAAUGCAAUGGAUGAGGAGCAGAAUACCAGAGAAAUCUUACAGGGUAGAAGCUUAAAAGACCAGGACCACCUAUAUGGGGGUGAAAUAGGGGCAGUGGGUGGUGUUGACCUCAAUGGCACAAGUCAGGAUGCUCAGUCUGAACAAAACGGUUCAAGUGAUUUACUAUGUGUCUUGAAUACAAGUUCUUACAGCACCUCUGCUCUUUGUAAUGGCUUUCCUUUGGAAAAUAUACGUACACAGGUCAAAGACCAGGAUCCAAGUUUUCAUGGUGAUUCCAUACAAAGUAAUUUAACAAAUGGAGAAUGUGUGGCAGCAGAUGGUACUUCAGAACCUUCCAGUUCACUUUUAGUAGCAGCACAGCUUAGGGAAGUAAUUCCUUCUAAUGCUUUGCCUAAUGGCACAGUUCAGCAUAUCCUCAUACCAGAUGGAGAAGAUGAAGGAGAAUUGUAUUUGAAAAAAGUAGACCUAGGGGACUUGAGGAACGUGGAUGUCUUAUCCUUCAGUCAUGCUCCUUCAUUCAAGUUUCUUUCUGAUUCAUGUUGGUCUAAACCAAAGGAGGAUAAAGCUGUAGAUACAUCAGAUUUGGAAGUUGCUGAAGAUCCCAUGGGCCUCCAAGGGAUAGAUCUGAUUACAGCAGCAUUACUGUUUUGUCUAGGAGAUUCUCCGGGUGGGAGGGGUAUAUCAGAUAGCCGUAUGGUUGAUAUAUAUCACAUUGACUUUGGGACACAGACUUUUUCACUUCCGUCUGCAAUAUUAGCUACAAAUACAAUGGUCGGGGAAAUAGCUUCAGCUUCAGCUUGUGAUCAUGCCAAUCCACAGCUUUCAAAUCCAAGCCCUUUUCAGACACUUGGGCUAGAUCUAGUUUUGGAAUGUGUUGCUAGGUACCAGCCUAAGCAGCGUUCAAUGUUUACCUUUGUGUGUGGACAGUUAUUUAGAAGAAAAGAAUUUUCUUCGCAUUUUAAGAACGUGCAUGGUGACAUUCAUGCUGGACUCAAUGGAUGGAUGGAACAGAGGUGUCCUUUAGCUUACUAUGGUUGCACCUAUUCUCAACGUAGAUUUUGUCCAUCAACACAAGGAGCAAAGGUUAUACAUGACCGCCAUUUGAGGUCAUUUGGAGUUCAGCCCUGUGUAUCUACAGUAUUGGAAGAGCCUGCUAGAAACUGUGUGUUGGGAUUACAUAGUGACCAUCUGAGUAGUCUUCCUUUUGAGGUGCUGCAGCAUAUUGCAGGCUUUCUUGAUGGCUUCAGUUUGUGCCAGCUUUCAUGUGUAUCCAGGCUAAUGAGGGAUGUGUGUGGCAGUCUGCUUCAGUCUCGUGGAAUGGUCAUAUUGCAGUGGGAGAAAAAAAAAUAUCCAGAAGGACAUUCAUCAUGGCAGAUAAAGGAAAAGGUAUGGAGAUUCAGUACUGCCUUUUGUUCUGUUGACGAAUGGAAAUUCGCUGACAUCCUAAGCAUGGCUGACCACUUGAAGAAGUGCAGUUACAAUGUUGUAGAAAAACGGGAGGAAGCAAUCCCACUGCCAUGUAUGUGUGUGACUCGAGAACUCACUAAAGAAGGACGUUCGCUGCGCUCAGUAUUAAAACCUGUACUUUAAAAACUGUAACUUCACUUGCACAUACAUGCAAGUACCUGUUAUGAUUUCUUUGUAAUACAUGACACUUUAUUAAUGUAUUAAAGACUACAACUAGCUAAAUUUAUUGUCACUAUGUAUAUAAUGUUUUGAAGUGACAUAUAUUUUUAUAAAAUACUAUUAAGUUGGAAAAAUGUUGCCUUAAUGUUUGAAAUGUGUGAAAAUUUUGGAACUUGCUGGACAGGGUGAUCUAAUCUUUAGCUGCAUAAUUUUCAAAAUUAGUACUUUUAAUGGUGUGCAUAUUUUUUGCUUCUCAGACUAAAAAGAUCCUGGCCAAAAAAGUUAUUUCUUCAUGUUUUCUGUGGGUUGAAGCCCAUGUCAUCAAAAAGCAAAAUUUUGAUUCCAAUCUUUGCAGCUCAGAUUUUUUUUUAAAGAUAACACUUUAAAUUGUUUAAGCACUGCCAUAUGACCAUUAUAGUUUUUCUGGUACUCUCCUUUUAUAAUUAUUGAUGCAUAAGUGAUUUCCAGUACUUACAUGAUGUCAUAAUGAUGACUUCAUGUCUUAAAAAUAAUUCACAAAGAUGUUAUAAUUUUCUGUUGUUACAACUCUUAUACAGAUAAUUACCAUAUGCAGUUAUUUUGUAUUGAAUACUAUUAUCUGAAAGGUCAUGGAAAUGUGUUAUAUGACAAGUUAAAGCAAAAACAAAUCUGUGAAUUUAACUUGAAAUUAUUCUUGGUGAUUUCUAGGUAUCUGAUGUUUGAAAAGAAAAUAUACCUCACUUUAAGUUUGAAUUUGGCAUAUUGUGUGAAUAAAUUUCAAAUAUUCAGAAUGCAAAGGGUUUGACUUUUCUUCAAAAGCUUUUAAAAUUUUGGGCUUUUGAUGUUUAUAAAAAUAGACUGGCAUUUUUUAAGACGUUUGAAAAUGCGAAAUUUUUUGUCUUUGUAAGAUGAUAAUCAAGCAGAUACCUUUGACAAUCUGUUUGAAACAUUUCCAAGUUUCUGUUUUAUACAAUUCUCUAUCAGGAAGUAAAAGUUGUCUCUUUUUAAAGAGAUCAAGUGUGGUAAUGAAAUAGAGACUAUUCUUGAAUAGUCUUUUAUUAUAGUUUUCAAGUUGAUGUAUGCAUAUUAAGUUGACGUCACUUUAAAGAACUGAAUAUACAUGCUGUGUUAAGAUCUAGAAAUAAAUUCCGAAUACAGGGACAUAAUUUAUCCAGAUAAACUCUGACAGUUGGUAAGCUGAAGUUGUUAUUAAGUCAAAACUCAGCUGUAUCUUCUGUUUCUCCAUUGUUCCCGAGAGUGCUUCAUGGUUACUGAUUCAUGUUUCCCAUAUAUGGCAGUCAGACUGGGCAGAGGCAUUCCAUGGGCAUUAAAGAAGAAUUCUGAACUGCUUAAGGUUUGUUUUGGCUGGAUGAAAUCCUAAGUAUAGUCGGAAAGUAUAGCAUUGAGACUAGUCACUUAUUUUGCCUCACCUAUCAUUUAGGAGAAUACUUACUUCUCAGUGCUUAAACUUUGUUUUCAGGUGAGAUUGAAUUGCAUUAAAAAACAAAACAAAAAACCCUCUUUCUGUCAAAAAGCUAGAGUAAAUAUCAAAUACUGUAGAAUAUAACUCUGCUUUUUAAAAUUUUGCUGAAGAAUGUGUCAGUGGUUAGGAUAAUAUAAGGUUUUUUUGUUUUAUGGUUAUGCUUUUUAAAACUCGUGGUUUAGGGGCUGGAGAGAUGGCUCAGCAGUUAAGAACACUGGUUGUUCUUACAGAAGACCUGGGUUCAAAUCCCAGCAC